AUGGCUCCCUCCCACCGUCGAGGACCUUGGGUCCCCGAGGAAGAUCAACUCCUCCUCCAGCUUGUUCGCGAGCAAGGCCCGAACAACUGGGUUCGAAUUUCUCAACACAUGCACUAUCGCUCUCCCAAGCAAUGUCGAGAGCGCUUCCACCAGAACCUGAAACCCUCGCUCAACCGUGAGCCCAUUUCUGCCGAGGAAGGUCUCAUGAUCGAGCGGAUGGUGAAUGAGAUGGGCAAGCGUUGGGCUGAGAUUGCCCGUCGCCUCGGCAAUCGCAGUGACAACGCUGUCAAGAACUGGUGGAAUGGAAGCAUGAACCGCAAGCGCCGUGGCCUGUCCAGCCCUCCCGCCACUCGCACCUUCAACGGCCGCAUCGAGCAACCUUUCGCUCGUGCUUCCAUGGCGAGCUCCGCUCGACCUCGCUUUGCCACCCGUCCUUGGACAGAGUCAUCGCCCAUGGACUCCUCCGACGGCCUUGCUCGUUCCCGCCGGGAGUCCAGCGUUGUGGCGCCCCGUGAGCUUUCGCCCAUCUAUACUCUCCCUUCCAUCAACCGGUCCAUCGAGACUCCCUUGACUUCUCCCGCUUUCUCCGACGGAUCACACUCGGGCUCGGUUGAACCACCAUCCAUGGUUUCUGAUCACAACUCUGUGAGCUCCGCCUCUCCUCGGACAUUGCCAUCUCCACAGCUUCUGCCCAUGCGCGGAGAUAUGUGCGCUCAAUAUGACACCUACCGACCCGCGAGUGUCUCGGUCCGGGUGCUUGACGAGUCGACCUCCAAUUAUCACUCUCGGCCGUUGGACUCUUUCUCAGCCCUUGCCUCCAAGCGACCAUGGCCGGAGCACAUGCCAGCAUGUACUUCCUGGCACCAAGCGACCGAGUCUUUGCCCAAGCCCUGGGAAACGAGGCCGGUCGAGCCUCCCCGCGAUAAGCGGAUGGGCCUGAACAAUCUCCUCAACUGA